AUGCCUCCUGUGGGCACAACAACACCAGCUCUGGUCUAUCAUCAAGGAUUAGAAAAAAGUUGCUUGAUAACAGAUUAUGCAAUUGCUAGAAGAAUUAUUGAUCUGCAUAGUACAGAUGGGGAAUCCAUUGAAAGAAUCUAUACAAUUGAAGAUAUUCAAAGAUAUAUUUUGUUUUCUCGUCAGUUUAAACCCAUAGUAAGUGAAGAAGCUGCAAAGCAACUUGUUGAUCAUUAUCGUAGUCUUCGUCAGCGAGAUGCAACUGGAACAAGUAAAUCAUCAUGGCGUAUCACUGUUCGACAGCUUGAGAGUAUGAUUCGUCUUUCUGAGGCUUUAGCUCGUUUACAUUGUUCAGAAGUAGUAGAAACUCGACAUGUAAAAGAGGCAUAUAGAUUAUUAAAUAAAUCUAUAAUUCGUGUAGAACAACCAGAUAUUAAUCUUUAUGAAGAAGAAGAUGAAGAUCAAGAACAUUUGGAAAUGAAUGAUAUUAACGGAGAUGCAGAAGAACAUGAAAAAAUGGAAGUUGAUGGUGAAUCUAAGCCUAAAGAUCAAGUACCUUCUAAAGAAAUAAAAACAUUAAAAUUAAGUUAUGAAGCUUAUAAAUCAUUAUCUAACUUGCUUGUUAUGUACCUUCAAAGAGAAGAAAGCAAAGCAGAAGAAAAAAGUGAGCUUGGAAUAAAACGAAGUGAUCUUAUAAAUUGGUACUUAAAAGAAAUAGAAAGUGAAAUUGAAACAGAAGAAGAAUUGAUUAUAAAGAAAUUAACAGUGGAAAAGGUUAUUGAUAGAUUAAUAGAACACGAUCAAAUUAUCAUUCCAUUAUCUAAACAAGGAUUGAAAGGAGAUUCAGAAGAAAUGGAAGAGGAUGAUCCAAUAUUAGUGGUCCAUCCUAAUUAUGUACCAGAAAUUUAUUGAAAUGCUUUUUAAAAGUUGACAUUUUAUAUAUAAAAUGUUUUUAUACUCAAUUUAUGUACAUAUUUAACUACAUCUUUUUAA